AAGAGAGAGAGCACUAAAACACACAGGCGUGCGCAAGCACAGACAGAAUCAAAUCUUUCCGCAGCAGGACGACAGGGAGAGAGGGAUUACUCCUGUUUAAGACUCUUCAUCCAUGCGUCCCGUGAACCUGCGCAGAAUGUGAAAGUUAAAAGUAGACAGCCUGGUGACUUUGUGAGGUGUAACUUCUUCAGAGGAGCGUCAGCAUGACCCCUCACAGCGAAGCUCUACUGCUGCUCUUCAGUUUCUCGCUGUGUGGUAGUCUGUAUGCUGUAUCUUUAAAUAGAAAUGAAAGAGCUUGGGCCAGCACUGACCCAGAGCCAGCCAGCAGCUCACUGUGGACGUUCCUACCGAGACAAAUGGACAUGACUACUCCAACCAUCCUCAGUUUGUCCCCAAAUGCACUACAAUCAGAGAAGUCUAGCAGAGACCUUGAGGUGGACCCUAUAGUUGAACAAAACCCCUAUGUCACAAUGGAGAAUCGUGGUUUAUCAAGACUUCCAGCCACAAGAACACCACUGAUCAAAUCUUUGACUUCCCCUAAGACUGGAAUUCCUUCAGACAUCCAGAACGAUGAAGAGGGACCUGAAACGGAAGCAUCUGAUUGGCCAAAUUUUAGUAAGCAAGGAAAUACUGACCAAUCACUUAAAUCUUCUGCACUGGUAACACUGCAGCCUUUUCCUUCUCAGGCCUGGAGUACAGAGUCCAAGGCACCAAAUGCUUGGAAUACAGAGACACAUACACCUCAGACUCAUGCUGAAACAAGAUUUCGCACCUACCAGACACUGUGGAAGUCCUCUAGUGCUACCCAAACACCAUAUGCCAGAGGAACCUUAGAUGGUACCACUUUGCCAAGAGGGCUGAUAGACUCUCUGUGGCCAUCUGAAGAAACAAAGGAUUUGACAGAUGCUCCUACAGACAGUCUGACAAAGCUGACUCUCAAUAUGACAAGAUCUGACCCUGAAAGAGAGGAACGUGAGAGUCUUGACCAAAUGAAAGAGGAACAAAAUAGCCAAUCGACCACCACAGUGAUCAAGGUCACUGAAACCUAUCCUAAAGCAGCAUCUCCAGGUGGCGACUGGCGUGAGUCUUCAACACUUCCGGAGUGCAACCUGUUUGGCAUUGGGAUCUGUCAGUCACCUGACUCUUCGAAGAAUCAUGCUUCAACUAACAAAACUCUGUCCACGUCACCUCCUGUUUAUGAAACCACACCCUCUGGUGUCAUAACCCCAGCUCUCGAAGCCCUGACUCCGCCUCUGUUAGUCCCUCUACUGACUGACUGGAAUGCUGCAAUAGCAACGUGGGGCCUGGCCUGGGAGUUACAGGUAUACGGCCUCAGCUGCGUAUUCUCGCUUGUGGCUGUGCUGUCUGUGCUCAGCCUGAUGUGUUUGCCAUUGCGCUGGCCCUCUGGAUGUGCCCAUUUCAGCCUCCUCCACCUUCUCCAGCUACUGACAGGUUCCAGCCGAGCUCUGUGGCUCCUCUACGAUCCAUACGGCCAAAAAGAGCGCCUUCCCGUUGUCUGGGCACGACUGCUUCACGAAGCUGCCUAUCCCUGUUUAACAGCAUCUUUUGGCCUACUGCUGCUACUGCUAACUGCUCGCUCCUGUACCCAGCUACUUUCCCAGAACACCCUGCAGCGCAGCACCUGCCUGUUGGCUGCCCUAGUGCUGCUGCACAUAGCGAUAGUGAUGGCUUCCAUGGCAAUACUGCAACUUUUUCCCACCCUGCAAGUUGUGCCUCUAUUACCGCCUGCAGCUUUCGUCUUGAUGUCCUCUCUCCUGUCAUUCACGUACCUGCUUCUGUACUGCUGCGCCCGGCCAGACAUCAAGCACAUUUACCGGCUGAACGAGAGCUCUCCUGAGCGGCCAUCGUGCCACGCAAGUAGGUGUCCAUUUACAGAGGCACAGAUGUGGGAAAGGGCAGCCAGGGCUGGGGUGUUCUCUGCCCUCUUUCUCUUAGCAUGCAGCAGUCUCCGACUCUAUGCCAUGCUCAACGCAGGAGGGCUAACCAGUGGGGUCAUGGUUGGCCUGAUGCCCUGGCCCUGGUGGGGAUUCCAGCUCAGCUGCCGAGUGUGUGAAACAGGGGUAUGUCUCACCCUCGCUCUUGUAAUCACUCACCCCCUUCUGUGUUGCGGAGUGCCCCGUUCCAAACCUGGUGGCUGCAGCUGGUUCUUUAAAAAGCAACCUACAGAAGGAACCACAUUGGGAAAACCCAUCUUCUCAAGUCGGUGUGGCUGGUCACUACGGCCCGCCGAGAAGCUGGGGUUGUGUGAGGGAAUAAUACGGCGGGAAAGUGAAAGCGUGCCACUCUACACCUUGGUGGAGCUUCCGCACAGCGAAUCUGAUGGUUUAGACCUCCACUAUCCCAGCAGCCCUCAGCAAGUGUCUUCCACACAACUUUCCCACACCGCAAAGAAGAGCAAAGAAUCACAUGCGUCCUCAUUUGCCAGCUUGGACGCGGACUCCACAGCAGACCUUCGGCCCCCUUCACCCAUCGACCUGCGACGAAGCAUCGACGAGGCCUUGAACAGCGAGGCCCUGUUCCAGCAUAGCCUGUUCGGCUCCUCCAGGCUCUCUCUUAGCACACGCGGACCCCCGGAUGGACAACCCUGUCGGGGAAUCUCCACUGACCCUAGCUUAUACCGCACUGCCUCCUGUGGGGAUGUGGACCCCGCUACUGUACCCAACCGACCCAGGCAAUGGAGCACUAUAUCUGGAAGGCCAGCUCAGGUCUCGGUCCAUUGCAGUGGGUUAAACUCAGCACAGCAGUCUCAGAGCAGCCUACGCAGGGACUCUCAGUCUGGGCAGCAACUCCACAGACGAUACACAGUCUUGGGAUCUACAUCCUCCAGAGGGAGCGUGGAUGUGGAGACAACUUCUCAUGUUGAUGAGCUUGCCGUUCAGGCUGAAUUCGUCAACGUCUGCAGGCAGAUAGAUGCACUCAGCAUCAGCAGUGAUACGAUCGACCUAUAGGGGAAGAAGUCUCUGGAUGUACUAACCCAACACCCUUAAGUAAUUUCAGCCCUAACUACUCCAAUGUGCAGAACUAUUCUUAAAAUAGAUGCUGAGAGGAAAUUUCUGUUUUAGGAGACAUGGCAUGGACAAAACGACAAACAGCAACCACUGAAAGACGUUCUUUCUUUAUCAAUGUGAGAAACUCCCUGAAACCCACAUCCCAUAUUUGACAAAUCACAUAUAAUCUUGUUGAAAUUGCUUGACUUGAUCAAAAGACUUUACCUUUCAGCAAUAAAGCUAGCACUUACGAACAUG